CCGGCUCUUCGGGUGCUGACGUUCCCUUCCGGUCGUGUGGCCCUAGAAAAGCUUUUGGGGUGCGCAUGAUGAGGCUACUGAUAUUUGUGGUGUUGGCUCUAUUAACUGUCACUCAAGCAGAGGAAGGAGCCAGGCUUUUGGCUUCCAAAUCGCUGCUAAACAGAUAUGCUGUGGAGGGGCGAGACCUGACCCUACAGUACAACAUUUACAACGUUGGCUCAAGUGCCGCACUAGAUGUGGAAUUAUCGGAUGAUUCCUUUCCUCCAGAAGACUUUGGCAUUGUCUCUGGUAUGCUCAAUGUCAAAUGGGACCGCAUUGCUCCGUAUCCUCUUGGCUGUGACUUGGAUGCUUGCAUUAAUGCUGUUUGUUCUUUUCAGAUUGGCUCUACCAGUGCCCCUGGACAGGGAGGAAUCCUGGCUCAGCGGGAGUUUGAUAGGAGAUUCUCCCCUCAUUUUCUGGACUGGGCAGCCUUUGGGGUCAUGACCCUGCCCUCCAUCGGCAUCCCCCUGCUCUUGUGGUACUCUAGCAAGAGGAAAUAUGACACUCCCAAAACCAAGAAGAACUGAGUGGGGGCUCCUACGCCCUUUCUCUCUCAAGAAACCAGGUGCUUUCCAGACUUCAAAGGUUAUCUCAGAUGCGAUCUUUUAGCUCUUAGUCCACAGCCACCUUGUCCUGGAUUCUGCCUUGCUCUCAACCAGAGUGAAUGAUCAGGCCUGGGAGUCUAUGAGAGCCUCCUUGGUUCCAUUGCGAAGCCAUACAAAUGGGAAGGCCUUCAGCCACAACCUUGGGCCUAGAGGGCCCCACUAAGGUGCUGUUGGUAUAUUGCUGGCAAUGUGAACUCGCAGGGUUCCAGAAAGGGACCUUUCAGUGACUGCCUGACACCGCCUCUAUCCCCGCCCUUUCCUCUAAGAAGAGGGUGGAAGAUGAAAGCUGUAGGACUCUACGAGGCUACCAAGUCUCUAUUUUGAGUUAGGGAAAUAGUUACCAAAUUGGGUUUUCUAAUAAAAACAAAUGCCACA